ACAAUGAAAGUGCGUUCGUGGUUUUCAGCCGUGCUUCGAACGAUUCUUAUUCCGUUUUCAACUGCUGAUGCAGAGGUUUAUUCCGAAGAAAAUGAAAAUGAUGUGAACGAAGAGAUAUCUCCCACACUGACCUUUGCACAUCUGGUAUCUUGUUUGUGCGUGGUUCUUGGUAUUUAUUCCGGGAAACAGACGACCGAUGAUACUGCGCGGUUUGUUGUUUGGGGAUUGGUUAUGGGACUUGUCGGAUGCGGAUUGUUGGCCUUGAUUGUCUUGAUAUGCUCUAACUCGUUCGUGCAAAGUCCACCUAACAAAGAAAUGCCUAAAGACUAUUCUCUUAAUUUAAGAGUUGUUUUUCUCUGGCUGUUUGGACUGGGUGUCAUUUUGAAAAGCGCUGUAUACAUAGCUAUCAAAAUCGAAUGUUUUCCAAUCGUGUCUGAUGAUUUUAUGAUGUAUUUAAGUGUCCUUAGUACAUUCAUGUUUAUUUGUUUUAUUAUUUUGCAAAUGGGAACCAUAACAUACUUCAGAAAUUACCAUUUCAAAAAGUCAACCCAAAUCAAUUUUGUAAUUGUAUUUCUUUCUCUGGCAAAUUUUGCUGUAUGGUUGAAUUCUGUUGUGAGUAGUUUAAAUGGUAUUUAUGCUACAAACCCGAAUGAAACAGUACAUAUGAAAACCUUUAAAAACGAAUCGGAAUGCUUCUUUAGUUCUAAGAUCCAAAAAGACUUAGCUCUAAAGCUUCUUCCCUUUUUGUUACCAACUCAGAUGGAAUUUUUCAUCCUAGCAUCAAGUUUUGUGUUGUCAUUUUGGCAUUCUUCUACAGAACAAGAGUGCUGGAUAACUGAAAUUGAUCUUGAAGAGACUGGAACAGAUGAAUCUCAGGAACUUUUACCCCUGUUACCUCGAAAUACUGAAAAUCGGGCUACUAACGUUGCUGUUAUUAUGAUUUCCGUCAUAUUGAAUCUGCCCACGUUUCUAACAUGGCUUCUUCUUUCGUUCGUGUAUCCGGAUAACAAUAAAGGACUUCGCAAUUCAUAUGAAAUCUGCAAUUGUGUUAAUUCAAUUGCGAUUAUCAUAAUUGUUUACAUUGCGUUUGACCAUUUGUCGAAAACGUAUUCCACGAGUCAAUAUCAGCGUUCUCUUACAACAAGUGAAACCAUUCUGGUGUUCAGCUCUGCAGGUGUAGUAGCGUAUAGUACUUAUGGACUUCUUUUCGCCUUGCAGGGAAACAUUGAGGAACAUUUGGCUCUGUUUUUGCGAAACUUUAUUGAAAUAAUAGAGACUUUUUUACAAACAUCUCUAUUAAUACAGUGUCAGCGGUACAUAUUAUCUUGGCAAAGAUCUUCACUUCUUUCUUCCCUUGCAUUAAUUUUGACGAUAACAAACUUAAUAAAUUGGUUUCUCUAUUCCAUCUAUCAAAAUGUACCAGCAGAAGGGCAAGAGAAAAUUGUUGGCAAUAGGCGAAAUUGGGCAUAUGUUCAAACCAUUCUUGUCCCAUUGCUAAUCUUUUAUAGGUUUACAUCUGCUAUGAAUUCGUACUCACUUUAUCAUCAGAUAAAACCAUGACUUUUUCAUUGAUAUAUGAAGAAUUGUGCUAUGUAUAAUUUUAAUAAUUGAAACUUGUAGAAUACAUGUUUAUGGCACUAUUGAAGAUAACUGUAUAAUUUCACCGUAAAACAUUAACAAAUGCAAG